AUGGCAUGUUGUAUGGGCUGCAGCCAGAAGACAUGGCAGCAGCUGCUCGUUGUCAUGCGGCAUUCGGAGCGGCUAGAUUUUGCAGAUGAGGAUGCUUGGUUCCAGCAUCCAGAUUCCCGCAGCUUCCCGAUGGACCCGCCAAUCACAACUCGAGGCAAGAGCUUGGCGAAGUUCCAGGGGCAGACGCUGACCGAGUUGUGCAACAAGCUGGGGACACCGAUCGACGUCGUGAUCACCUCGCCUUUCCAUCGGUGUGUGCAGACGGCGGCCGCCAUCAUCGAGGUCCUGCCCAUGCGAAACGGCAAGAAGGUGCCGAUACUCAUCGACUGUGAAAUCGCAGAGGUGGGUCUCUAUAAGAAGCCGCCAGGGAUCAGCGACCCUGGGCUCAUCAAGGCCCACCAGGAGUUCUGCAGCCGUCGGCGCACCUUCGACGAGGUGGCAGCGCUUCCGGACCUCCAAGGCAUAGAAAAGCUCAAUGCCAACUCGUUUGUCGGCAUCGCGCCCCCCUUCCCCGAGCAACGGCGCUCGGCCCACAUCCGUGGCCUCUACCGCUUCGCGGUGAAGAGGCAGGCACUGCAGCCAAUGCAGAGGAUUGCAGCUCACCCUGACGUGGCCGUUCCUGGAGGACCUGCGCACCGCAGAGGCGAGCUUCUCACGCCAGGUCAGUCUGCAAGGAUUGAAUGGUUCCGCCGGCAAGUGCUUUACCGCGUCUGCUGCUCGUAUCUGGAAUUUCACUACAAGACCUCCGGCUGCAAUGAGCGCAGCGCAGUCCAACGCCUCAGCGGUUUUCGAAGGGCUGCCAGUGGAUUGGGCAGGACAGAGUUGGAGCAGCUGGUCAGGCCAAGGCUGGAGGAACCGGCUGUCACCAAUGUCAGCCACGACCUGCAGCAGCUGGAGGACAUGUUGGAUGGUCCGGUCCUUCCCAACGACAUGGGGUGGAUUUUUACCAUUGGGGUUCCGUACAGCGGAGUCCCGGGACCACCAAAGGCGCUGCUGGUUCAGCAGCUGCAGACUAUGCUUUCGAGGCGAUUCAUGCAACGGCUGCGGUUUCCGGAGGCCGACCUCCUUGCCAUGGAGCUCGUUGACCUUUGCACGAAUGCCCUCUACCAGGAGCUGGUAAUCAGUAUAUGGCCUAUGCUGGGAGCCCAUUUCCAGUAUGAGCUGCAGCAAUGGUUCUUUCGAUAUGCCUGCGAAGCACGGGACGGAGUUCCCUGCCCUGGAGCUCCGCCAACUUUGCAAGCGACUGGCUCCGGAGACAAUGGUGGCCCCUCCUCGGCAUCUGGUCACAGCAGGGCUUGA